GCUGGCACCGCCCCCGGCAGGGAGAGGCGGUGGUGGCGGGCGGCGGGCGGUCUCAGCCAGGUGCGCCCGGCCGGCGCCGCCGCUCCGCCAGCCCGGUCCGCUCGUUCCGCCCGGUCCGGCAUCAUGACGGUCACACGGCUCGACCAGGGGCAGCGCUACCGCCCGCGGAUGGCCUUCCUGAAAAAGAUCGAAGCGCUUAUGAUGGAGAUGCAGAACCCAGACACGGGCGUGAAGACGCAGACGCAGCGGGUGAUGAUCACGAACAUCCCACACGCUGUGGCAGGUAAUGACAUAUUGCAGUGGAUUCUCCAGCGCUUGCAGAUCACUCAGGAAGAGGCGCUCCACCUGGGAGACCUGUUUGUCAAAUACGGAUACAUCUACCCUCUCCAGGAGCCAAAGAACCUCACCCUUAAGACAGACGGCAGCCUGUACAGGUUUCAAACCCCCUAUUUCUGGCCCGUGCAGGCCUGGCCUGCUGAUGACACGGACUAUGCCAUUUACCUAGCGAAGAAGAACAUUAAGAGGAAAGGGAUUUUAGAAGAGUAUGAAAAGGAACAUUACAACAUGCUCAAUCAAAAAAUAAACUACAAGUGGGACUUCGUUAUUAUGCAGGCCAAAGAGCAGUACAAGGCAGGGAAGGAGCGGAAGAAGGCGGACAGGUACGCGCUGGACUGCCAGGAGAGAGCCUACUGGCUGGUGAACCGAACUCCUCCCGGCAUGCUGGACGCCCUAGAGUACGGGUUAGACCGCGUAACGGAUCCCAAUGAAAACAAGAAAAAAACUAUGGACGUUUAUAGGAGAGAGAUCAUGUACUAUCAGCAGGCCAUCAUGAAGUCCCGAGUGAAAUCUUCUGUCUCUCUUGGAGGGCUUGUGAAGUACUCUGAGCAGUUCCUCUCCAAUGAUCCCAUCCUGUCUGGAUGUCUCCCCAGCAACCCCUGGAUAACAGAUGACCCUGAGUUCUGGGAUCUCAAUGCAAAACUCGUGGAAGUCCCCACCAGGAUGCGCGUGGAGCGAUGGGCCUUUAACUUCAGCGAGCUGAUACGGGACCCGAAAGGCCGGCAGAACUUCCAGCUCUUCCUGAAGAAGGAGUUCAGCGGAGAGAAUCUGAGUUUCUGGGAAGCGUGUGAGGAUCUCAAGUACGGAGACCAAUCCAAUAUCAAAGAAAAAGCAGAAGAGAUUUACAAGCUCUUCCUGGCUCCGGGAGCGAGGCGCUGGAUCAACAUCGAUGGCACAACAAUGGGCAUCACGGUCAGAGGCCUCAAGCACCCUCACCGCUAUGUUUUAGAUGCUGCUCAGACCCACAUCUACAUGCUGAUGAAAAAGGACUCCUAUGGCCGCUAUUUGAAGUCUCCAAUAUACAAGGAAAUGCUGGCCAAGGCUGUUGUGCCACAAGAGACUGUCAAAAAAAGCUCCAAUUUCCCGUUCGGACGCCGUCACCUCCGCUCCAGCCCCAGCCCUGUCAUCCUGAGGCAGCAGGAGGAAGAGGCCAAAGCCAAAGAAGCCGCCACGACCGUGGACAUCACGCAGGUUAUGAGCAAGCUGGAUCGCAGGAGCCAGCUCCAGAAGGAUCCUCCCAAGUAGGCUCUGAGCCCCGCAGGGAAAAGACAAGCCGAGGCUGGGCUUGAGCUUCGUCUCCCCUUCCUGAAGGUGUCAGUGCUGCUUUAGGUUUCCCAGGCUGGCUCUGCCAGCCGCCUGCUUCCCGCACGUUGCCAUGGCUGCUGCAGCAGCAGAUGUCACUUGCCAGGCGUGGGAGCUGCCGGAGCCAGGCUGCUGGCUGUGCCGGACUCGGGGCACAGCGCCCCGGCUCCCUCCCCGCACAUUUGGGAGGGGAGAUGCCUUCUGGCUGCCCUGAGCCCCACCAGGAGACUGGGACAGCCCGGCUGCCUCUCCCCUCCCCCUGCUCCUCCGUGAGCUGGGGCUGCACAGGGCAGGGUAAAGCUCUGCCGUCCCACUCCCUUGGGCUCAAAUUGUCCAUACUGGGAGCAGAGAUGGGUGACCCCACAGGGAGCAGGGUGAGGUGACCCAUGUCAGAGUGUCUGUGCUGGUGUCCAUCCUCCCGGGGAUGUGCACCCUCCCAAGGGUACCCCCGGAGAGGAGCGUGCCCCUCACUUCAAGUAUCCUGGACCUCUGAGCCAGUACAACGGAGCUGCAGAAGAGCAGGGUAGACGUCUUUUGAGACCAGUAGGAUGGGUGUUUCUGAAGGUUUAGUUGACCCUUUGAAUUUUAGUGACGGUCCUGGUUCCCCCGGCACGUUGGAGGUGACUGGGGAGAGCUCUGGGGUGUGCGGGUGCAGAGAGCCGUCCCUCUCAAGAGCCUGCAGGAGGGCUUGAGAGACGCUUGUGUUUCCUUUAUCAAAUCCUUCCUACCUCUUGUCUUGUCUUUUUUCUGCUCUGUUUUCUGUUAUUAAAAAAGCGGGAGGUAGUUCCAGUUGUCACUGGCUUGUAGCCGAGAGACAAGGAAGAGCCAGUGGAGAGCUGUUAAGAGCUGAUUUCAACUUUAAGUAGUGGGUUGUUUUUUCUUCAUUUGCUCGGUCUCUCUUGCUCUUUAGAACGAGGCAACCUAAAAUACUACGUCAGUGCUCAGAGCUCAGGGAGAUUCCAGGCUUUGCUGGGAAACCCCAGCGUGUCUGGACCAGGCCAGUGAUUACCAGAAGUGGAAAGAUUCCUGCAAAGCCCAGUAAAGGGAAUUGUGGGGGCAGAAAAGCUUCCUUUUUGUUAAAAUUUAGGGGAAGCAAAAGGACUGGUUGGGAAGCACUGAGGUCUAAGAAGCUUCAUUUCGUAUUGUUCAUCUGUUUUUACUGCUGGUGUGAUGAUUUCACAGGAAAUGGGAGAUGGAGACUGCUGGGUGGGAGUGGGAGCCCUCAGGUAUCGGGGUGCACGUGGACCAGCCCCUUGCCAAGGGGAUAAUCAGGCAGUAGCUGUGUCCUGAACAGCAAUUCUUGCCCUCCUUGUGUGUUAUCAGAGAAUCUGGGCUACACAGUUGGAUCUGGUACCUCUGCAGAGCCAGGGAGAUGUUCCUGACCGCCCUUAACCUAAUGGUGAUAAAACUUAGAGGAACUGAAACCAAGUUGUGCGAGUCUUUUGCUCUGAUGUCGAGGUCUGCUUGCUAAGUCUCUGCUCUUAUUCCCGGUGGAAGCAAUGCCAAACUUUGCAAUGCCAUAAGGGUGAGCAGGCUCAGACUGUGGUUUUUUAAAAUUCUGCUUAAAACCGCAAGGCUUUUUUACAUCGGGUACUGAGCACCAUCAGCCGACCUGGACAUGAGAGCACUGAAAGAUACUCAAGAACUUGGCAGGGUUGGCCCAAAGCUACUUGGGUGUGAUGAGCUCUACAGCCUCUUCAGAGUCUGUAUAACAUGGAGCACUGAGCACGCUGGGAUUGCCAGUGUGUAGUAGCAUGUGGAACAUCGAGUCAGGGUAUAAAUAAUAAAUAACAAAUCUGUGUGUUCCAGUCAAUCCCUCUGAUUCCACUUCUAUUUUGUCUGCAGCUUUGCUUUUUAUGUUCUCUCUAUCCAUUCCUUUCUCUGAUUUUUUCAUCAUCUCAGCUUUGCAUCGCUGUCCCUCUGACGUGGGUUAAUACUCUGGAGUCACUGUGCUUGUGAAACACCAGUUCAGCACAAGCAGAGCCAGAUUUUGCGUGCAAAUAGGCUGAAGGAGCUGGCGUGACCCAGUGCUCUGCUCCUCGGUCCCUUGCUGUUCAGCCCCCAAAGAGGAAGGUCGCCUGGUACAAAGUGUGACCGCGGUACAAACUGAACUUCACUUUGUGCCAGCCAAGAAGUUGUUUGUUUCCAUUGGAAAUCAGAGCAAUAUGUUGUUUUGUUUCUUCGCCAUUGCUCCCAUGCAUUCAUCUGUCUAAUAAAAAUAAAUGUAGAAAAUGAAAAAAGCUGAA